UUACGUGUUGUCUCCUUCGGGGGUUGCUCGGAUAUCCGAAGUUCGAGCUGAUCCGUGGGAUUCCGCCUCUUCUGUUGAAGCUGUUCCUGUGAAGGUUGUGCUUCCUGAGUUGAAGACAACUUCGGACCCGGAUCAACGCAAAAGGAAGGGUAGCACUCUUUUGAGGCCGUCCACGCAUCCGAAGAAAGCGAAGGCUUCUCAGCCCUCGGAGAAGGAAGCGGUUUCGGAAGUCAUGCCUCCUCCUAAGAAUCUUCUUCACUUCAUGCCCUUGCCAGGGCAGAAGUUAAAGAGUGUGGUGGUUGCUGAACCGCCGCCCGUGGAUCAGCCGCUGAUCGAGGAAGAUAUCAUCCCUUCUCCCCUUAAAUCAUCUGCUGCUUUGGGGAUCGAAAUCCAGGAUAUCACCGAGGUGAUGGAGGCGAUUGAAGCCGAUUUUGUUCCUGGUUCGGAUGUCCCUGAGGUAGCUGGGGAGAAGAAGGAGUCUGCUGAUCUUCCCUUCGAGAGGGAGAAGAGUCCAGACAAGGAGAUGAUAGAUCUCUCGGGCCCCGAAGCUGCGGUCCCCGAGGUUCAGAAGGAGGUUCCCUCUGCUGGAGAGGAGGAGCAGCCCGAGCAAGGUUUGACGAGGAAGAGGCGCCACUCAACUUUGGGUUCUACUUCUACCUCGGCCCUGGAUAGGCUGAUCCAUGCUGAUCCCUGUUCGGAUGUUCCGCUAAAACGGAUCCCCGAAGAAGUAAGGGAGGCGAUGGCUCGAUAUGCCAGGGCUCCGAUUUUGGGAGAGGACCCCUUGGCUCACGUGGGAUCCUUGGUGGGCCCCGAGGCUGCUCGGGAGAAUCUGCUUCGUGCUAACCCGCAGUGGAGGGUUCCUGGUGCCGAAGAGAGGAAUCCGGCUAUGAUGGCCCAGUACUAUCUGAACGAGGCUGUUUUCUGGUCUUCGUUCGCUUCCGAGUGUAGCUCGGUUGAGGAGAAACAACUGAGGAAAUAUCGUGAGGCUUAUGCUCGUGAUAUUCCCAUUUUGGACCAGAAGGCUGGGCAACUCCUCUCCGAGCUUACGGAACUCAAGCAGCUGUACCUUCACUAUAGUCGCGAGGCUAGAGAGUCUGCUGAGAAGAUCGGGACCGAGGUUGGCCAGCUCAUCUUCCGAGUUGAAGAGGAUGCUGAGAAGAUCGCUUCCUUUGCUGAGGAAAAGAAGGAUAUGGCCGCUAAGUUCGCUAGCGAACUUGAGGAAAAAGAUAGACUCUUCCAGGAGAUGAAGUCUAAAUUUGAAGCGGCCGACAAGGAGCAUAAAGAGGCGGAGUUAAGGCUCCACCAUUUUGUCCAGCAUCGGGAGCUGAUCCAGCAGCAAGCUGAUAAGGUGCCUGUCCUUCGACUGAAGCUUCGGGAAAAGGAUGACUAUAUUCGGAAGCUGGAGCAGGAGCGAGUCAACCUCUACACUGCUGAUCAGUGUAGAGAGCAGUACUGGAACGGCAUCCUGGGUGCUCGGCGCAUGUUUGCGAAGCACAUGCCUCACUUCCCUUGGAACGAGAAAGUUCCUCUAUGGAUGCAGGCCGAGGACCACUUGGUGGAAUGCCAAGCUGAUCGAGAUGAAGCUGAAGCUGAACGCCAAGCUGCUCUUGCAGAGGCUCGGGCCCAGAAGGCAACUUCCGAAGGUGAUACCACUGCUGGGGGUUCUUCGAAGGAUGCUCCCCUAGGGGCCGCUCCUGAGACUCCCAAGAGUUAGGGAUUCGGGCAGUCGUCUUCUUCAGAGUCGGUCGGUUCCAGUUGAGGACUUCCGAAUAUGUGCUUGCUUUUCCCCCUUUUGCCUCGGCGCU